AUGCCGUUCAAGAGAUACGUGGAGAUCGGGAGGGUAACUCUCAUCAGCUAUGGCAAAGACUACGGGAAGCUUAAUGUCAUCGCCGAUGUCAUCGAGCAGAACCAAGUAGCAAUUGGGAUCCCCGAUAUGGCAAUAGGCAAGAAAAACAUUCGAAAAAAGAUUAAGAUGGUUGUCAUGAGGACAAUUCUCGCCGGUAAAGUGAAGAUCAGAAAAGUACGUAUCUUUUAUAUGAGAAGAACAAAUAGUGCAGAACUUGAUUUAAUUUUUGAUCCUAAGAUUGAAAAGACAGCUAAAGCUUCAAGAGCAGAGUCUAAAAGAAGAAAGCUGAACUCAGAAUUCAAAGACGGCAAGAGCAACAUCAAGAGCAACAAGUGA